GGGAGCGAGGAAGAGAGAGAGGAGGGGAGAGAACGAGGAGACGAUCUCGAGUUCUAGGGUUUGGAUCCAUGGAUCCCUUCUCCUCCUCUCCUCUUCCUCUUCCUCUUCCCUGAGACGACUCUCAUCCUCUCUCCGCGACCCUGCUUUCGAGACCCAUGGCGGAUCUGGGGAGCUCGUCGCCUCUCAUCGCUCCGGCGAAGCUGGCGGAGCCCGGCGAGAUCGACCUCGAAGCCGGCGAGGAGGGACAGCUCCAGUGCCGGAUCUGCCUCGAAACAGACGGUAGGGAUUUUAUCGCCCCGUGCAAGUGCAAGGGUACUUCCAAGUAUGUCCACCGCGAAUGCCUCGAUCAUUGGCGAGCUGUUAGGGAGGGUUUUGCAUUUGCCCACUGCACAACCUGCAAGGCUCCUUACUACUUGAGGGUUCAUGUCCAUGCCGACAGGAAAUGGAGGACUUUGAAGUUCCGAUUCUUCGUUACUAGAGAUAUAUUGUUUAUCUUUAUGUUAGUUCAACUUGUAAUUUCAUCCUUAGCAUAUCUGGUAUACCUAAUUGAUAGCUACCAACAAUAUUGGUUGCGGUUGGCCUGGGGUUUCGACAGUGAAGUUAGUUUCUACUACAUAUGUGGAGCGCUGUUGUUUUUUGCUUUGCUCGGGUUGUCAGGAUGCUUCAUAACUUGUUACGACCGACGAGUGCGCAAUGAUCUGGCGCAGCCGUGCCGAGAGUUAUGUCUUUGUUGUUGUCACCCAGGAAUGUGUGCAGACUGCCAUCUACCUGGCACUCUAUGCAUGUGGACCGACUGUGCCACAUGCUGCGAAGGCUGUGCAAGUACAGCGGGCGAAUGUGGUGGUUGCCUAGGAGGAGCUGGUGAAGCUGGGCUUCCAUUGUUGCUCAUCAUGGGAUUGAUCGUGCUCGGGCUAUUCACGAUUAUCGGCAUCUUCUAUAGCGUUCUUGUGGCUACUAUGGUAGGCCAGCGGAUCUGGCAGCGGCAUUAUCACAUACUUGCUAAGCGGAUGCUAACCAAAGCUGCCCGGGCCUUAUUAUCCUCAAAAACAUAUAAAGGGGGAGAUUGGGAAGAUGGCUUUUGGGAGGAGGAGUAUGUCGUGGAGGAUGUCGACGGCGAGGGCGCAGAUUGGUGCCCACCGCUCCUUCCACCCGAGCACAUUCAACAACUGAAGGCGCUCGGACUCCUAUAGCCUAAUUCCUUCACUAGGUUGGCACCCGAAAAGUACAGAGCGUAUAGAGAAGAAUGUGUAUGUUAUAAGCGGCAUUGAUGCCUAUGAGGAUUGUACAUCUAAAUGCGGCACACAGGCACUUGUGAGUCCAUAUUCUGCUUCAGGAUUUUCAGCUUCACAUAACCUCUUUCUUAUAUUGUAAAUGGGAUUAUCCAAUCGUGUAUAAAAUGGAGUUAUCAUUGGUAGCAUUUUAUUUAUUAAUGUUUAUCAA